UUUACACCUCCGUGUAAUAAUAGUGAUGAAACUAUAGUGUAAGAGAGAUGGGUUUUCAGAUCAUUCUCGAAUGAUCAUACGUAAGCAACGUACAGCAGGCACGACAUUUACUGCGUAAGCAUUUGUUGCCAAUCCACCCUGAAAUCUCGUCGUCUGUUAUCGACACUGGUAACCUCAGUAUUGAGAGUCAGUCACUCGCCGCAAAGUUGAUCGCCAGACAUGUCGAAGAAGGAUUUUGUCAUGAACGAGUAUGUCAAGGAGGUUCUUCAAGAUGAAUUGUUGAGAAAUGAUGCAUUCUUGACUGAAGAGGAAAUCAAGACUCUCUUGGCGGAGGAUGAAGAUAAGGAAUAUAGAACAAGGGAGACAAUUAUUGGCUAUCCCAUCCACCCACUUUACCGUGAACUGGGCAACAUGUUGACAAUAUGGAUGCAGGAGAAAUAUUGCCCUGCCCUGAAUCUGCCCAAGUAUGACUUGCUGGAUGAGAAAACCUAUGCAGAGUCAAGACACUGUGGACUAUGUGGGGGCGGGGAGGAGAUCAAGUACAGGAUCCGAGAGGUCCUCCUGUUGUUGGGAAAGCGUGGCAUUUUGGACCUGUUUGGAAUCAGGAAGACGGUUGGAACUAAGGAAAUAUGGCCGGUAUCCAAAGAGAAGUUAAUCAAAUCCUUCAAGGAGAAACACUCGCCUAACUCGGAGCUGUGGGUGGGAGCGAGAGCACUGGCCAAGCACUUCCACCGAGACAACAGCAACUCCUGGUGGGGCACCAGCACUGGGACUGAGAUGGACAAGAACGAGCAUGCCCUGAAGACGCUGAACAAGAUCAUGGACAAUGCUACCUGGAUCAACAUCCACUGGCUGCCGCAUGAUGUCAUUAUAGUGGAAAUGAGACAAGAGGAAGGCUAUGGAGCCAGAUGGCUGGCUGAUGGCUCCAUGUUCCGUGGCUUCCUGGAGCCGCCAGAUGGUGGAGCCGGACAUGAUGUGGGUUGGAGGCACUGA